UUGAAUUUUAUGUCAUAACUCAACUGUUUUAAAUAUUUUAUGUUAUCUUAAAUUUCAGAGAGAUAGUAUUGCAGUUAUUUACAUUCUCAAGAGACAGCAAACUGUUGCAGCUACCUACACAUAUUGGCAUUUCAUUCAUUUCAGUAAGUAAAGAUUUCUAAAGAACAGUCAUGGGAGAUAGUUCUGGCAAAAAGAAGGUUGUGCUUGCCUACAGUGGUGGCUUAGAUACUUCCUGUAUUCUUGUUUGGCUCAAAGAGAAUGGUUAUAAUGUGGUAGCGUUCCUUGCUAAUGUAGGCCAGGAUGAAGACUUUGAUGCCGCUCGUAAAAAGGCAGAAUCGCUUGGAGCUGUUAAAGUUGUCAUUUCAGAUGUGCAGAAAUCAUUUGUCACAGACUAUAUAUUUCCAGCUAUUCAAGGUAAUUCUGUAUAUGAAGACAGGUAUCUGCUUGGUACAGCUCUUGCCAGACCCUGUAUUGCAAAAGCAAUGAUUGAUGUUGCUAAAGCAGAAGGUGCCCAGUAUGUAUCCCAUGGUGCAACUGGCAAAGGAAAUGACCAAAUUCGUUUUGAACUUGCAUCCUAUGCCCUCUACCCCAAAGUCGAAGUUGUGGCACCAUGGAGGUUGCCAGAAUUCUACAACAGGUUUAAAGGAAGAGAAGAUCUCAUGGAAUAUGCUCAGAAACGAGGAAUUCCAGUUCCUGCAACUAAAAAGGAUCCAUGGAGUAUGGAUGCUAACUUAAUGCAUAUCAGUUAUGAAAGUGGAAUUCUUGAAAACCCUAAGACUGAAGCACCAAAUGGAAUAUACAACAUGACAACUGACCCAGAAAAAGCACCAGACCAGGUUGAACGUAUUCAGAUUACUUUCAAGAAAGGACUUCCUGUUUCUGUGAAGAAUCUUCAUGAUAAAACUGUCAAAACAGAUCCUUUGGAAUUGUACUUGUACCUCAAUGAACUUGGAGGCAAACAUGGUAUUGGACGUAUUGACUUGGUGGAAAACAGAUUUAUUGGCAUGAAAUCACGUGGAGUCUAUGAAACUCCAGCUGGCACCAUCCUUUUAAUAGCUCACACAGACAUUGAAAUCUUCACCAUGGAUAGGGAGGUCCGCAAAAUAAAGCGCGAUUUAGACAACAAGUUUUCAGAACAGGUCUAUCGUGGAUUAUUGCACAAAGUGCAAUUUAGUUUAACAGCCCUGCUGAGUCUGAAAAGAAAGAACUCAUUCUCAUGUCAGCACUUAGAAUGUAAUUCUUAUUUGUUUAAAGUGUCUGUUGUUUUGGUGAGGAUGAACAUGAAUGUCCAGGGAGACUAUCAACCAAUUGAAGCUGGAGGUUUCAUUAAGAUCUGCUCUCUGAGAUUGCGAGAGUUUUACAGAAAUCGUCAAAAGCAGAUUUGUUCCUCAACGCCAUAUUAGAAGUUACUAUUCAUAUUUGUCCAUCACAAAUGAAAUUAGUGGCUGUAAUGGAUACUGGAUGUUCUAAUUAUUUUUCUGUUCUCUUUUUAGUAAUCAGUUAUAUUUUAGAAGUAUCAAUCCGUAACUUUCCAAAAUUAAACUACCUUACAAACAACAACGCGACCACCACCAUUGAGAAUACUAUCGUGAGCCAAUGAGGUAGCCUGUAUGUAGCCAUGUAAGCUGCUCAGUGUUGCCAUCAAAUUCUUUAAAACAGAGACCAUGUGUUUUAUGUCUUGAAUUUUUAGUUCAUCAUCUUAUCCCCAUAAUAAAGGUGGAAUCAUGCCCCAAACUGCUGGCAAACUGAAAUUGUUUAACAGGUUUGUUCCAACAGAUGUAAAACAAUAACUAAAUCAUUAUCAACAUCAUUAACAACAACAACAACAGCAGCAGCAAUAGCAAAAAUAUGUGUCUAUGUAGUUCCUCAGCCUGGUAGAAAUAGCAGCUAAAUAUUCCUCAAAUCACAUUCUAUCAUACAGGGUGUCCACAAAGUCUGGGUACAUGGGGAUUAACACAUACUUUAAGAAAUUAUUAUUUCUUAUAUUUAAUUGUUUAUGUUAUGAUUUUAUUAACUCCAUGUACCCAGACCUUGUGGACACCCUGUAUAUAAAGAAAGGAUACACUGGACAGUGUAUAAACAAAGAGAUGUGAUUGCUCUGGCUGAAACGCCUUUGAUUAUAGGCCUGCUCAAUUAGACUGAACUAUGACUAAAGAAUGUCAACAACUUGAGGGUUAGAAAAAAGAUGUGAUAUACUUCUCAGAAAGAGUAAACAUUUUCAUUGGUAUUUUAUUUCCUGUUUCAUCUUUAGAAGCAAAUAAAUUGGUCACAUACUUUGCAA